CUUUGUUUUGAUUGAAAUGUUUUCCUAAUCAACUGCAAAUUAAUUUACUCUGUUUUUGGUUAAUUGUAUUUAUUUUACUUAAUUAAGUUAAUCAGCAAGUCAGUUUUCCACUUGGAAACAAUUAAAAUUGUGAUUAAAGCUUAUCGGUUACAAUUUGCCUCAGUUAAUUGUCAAUGACUCUUUUUUGUUACCUAUCAACAUUUUCACCUGAGUGUUAAAUUCAAUUCAAUUUUCUAUGUGAUUUAAAUUGUUCCAAUUUAAUGUGAAUUAGACUGAUUGUUAUUCAUUGAUUAAGUUGAGUUUAUAUCUAACCUUUCACAUCGAGUUUAUUCGUGGGUGUUUUCGUCUUGGUUCACAAUGGCUGAAUAUAAUAUCCAUCAUAGUGUAAGGAAAUUGAUGCAACUUCUUGAUGUCCGAAGUGAUCGUGGGGAUAUGGAAGCUGCUAUUGCUGAGAGACUGGUUGAGAGUAAAAAUCUUCAAGUUAAUCGUAAAUCAUCAACAUCAGCUAAAUUUGUUAAGAAAUUGUGUAGCACAAGUAAAGGAGAUUUCAAGGAAAAAUAUGAGGAACUGAAAGCAGCCAAUAUAAUUGAAGUAGAUCCAUUGGUUCAGUUAUUAGCUCGAAUUUCUGAAUCUGAAGAUGUUAAAAAUUUUAUUAAAUUUCAAAAGAUUUUGAAAGAAAAGACUCGAUCCUCAUCUGUUGGACAGAAAAGUGACCUGCCCGUCGAGAAAAGGCCUGAAACUUCAGCUUCCGUUGAAUCUGUGGUACGUCCUGUUAGCAAAAGAGAAUCAAUUUCAACAAAAUCAGAUAAAAAGAGCGACUUCUCAUUUCUUACCAAUGAUUUUUCACCUUUUGAUUGGCCUGCCGAUGUUGUGGUUCCUCCAUUGUCCAGUAUGGCCAUAACUGACCAACAGAAAGCUCUACUUGAAGAUUUACUUUAUGUUCUUGUUGGUAUCGAGGGCAGAUAUAUCCGUCGCUCUGCUGUUUCUGAUAAAAAAUUUCGCCUGAUUGUCGACGAAGGAGCCGAUAAAUUGCUCAAGACGAUGGUUGAAAGGAUCAUCAUCAUAUGUCCACUUUACUCUGGUGUCAUAUUUUUUAUUGAACAUCAUGAUUUCGGUCUUGUUAAUCAAGCUUUAAUUGCUUUCAUGAGAGAAGCUGUUCACGAUUAUUUCAUCCUUAUCACUCAAUUGGAACACGAUUAUCACCAGGGUUGUUUAACUCUUCAGAAAAUGUAUUAUUAUCUUCACAAUGUUCACUCUGAUUUUGAGAUUCUCAAACAAGUUAGCUACAAAAUAAGACAGGGUAAAUGUAUCGGAGGAGCUGUACUGAGUAUCCUUCACGAGAAAACUGUCAGCCAUACUGGAAACUCUCGUGCUUCCAAAUUUUGUAUGAAAAUGAUAUCGACUGCAUGUGAACCUUAUUUUAAUAUAUUGGAAAGAUGGAUCUCAGAAGGUGUUAUUUGUGAUGAGUACAAAGAGUUUUUCAUUGAAGACACAGAAGCCGAUACCAAAGGUGAAGAUCGUCCCCCAGGAUCUAAUGACGAUUCAUAUUGGGAGAGUAGAUAUGAGGUAGUUUCCAAUCGAAUGCCAAUAUUUUUAACUCGAUUUGCCGAUAAGAUUAUGAAAACUGGAAAAUACUUAACCGUAAUCAGGGAAUGUGGUAAAGAAAUUGGUGAAUCUCCCGAAUGUGAACCUCUUCGAUACACAAUAGAAGACCGUGUUUACGCUGAACGUAUUGAUACUGCUUAUAAUUAUGCGAGUAAAAGUUUACUUCGUAUGUUAAUGAAUGAAUCAAAUUUAAUUGCUCAUUUGAACUCAGUUAAACACUAUUUCUUCAUGGAUAAAGGUGAUUUUCUGGUUCUAUUCAUGGACAUGGCUGCCAAUGAGCUUAAAAAAGAUAUUGAUGAUAUUGUACCAACAAGACUCGAAUCUCUCCUCGAAUUAGCUGUUCGAACAAGCGUGAUGAGCACUGAUCCACAUGCAGAUUUUCUUGGAAUUGAACUAAUCAAUGAUUCAGUUUUAUUCCAAUUGUCACAAAUUCUAAGCCAUGGAUCAACAGGCUUCCUUGAUAUCGAUGAUUCUCAAAGUGAAACAUCAGCCAGUAUAAAAGGUUACGAAGCAUUGGCCUUUAAAUACAAAGUUGAAUGGCCAUUGUCCCUUGUCCUUAACCAACGUAACAUUGCUUGUUAUCAAAUGUUAUUUAGACAUUUAUUUUAUUGUAAAUGGGUUGAAAGGCAACUUGGUAUCACCUGGAAGGAUAACAAAAUAUCAAAACGAUUCUCACUUAAAAAUGAAAUCUAUGCACUUGCCUUUGGGUUAAGACAGAAAAUGCUUAAUUUUGUUCAAAAUCUUGAAUACUACAUGAUGGUUGAAGUAAUUGAACCCAAUUUCCACACUUUCCUGCAAAAGGUCAAUACCAAAGUAACCAGUGUCGAUGAUAUGAUUAAUGAACAUACAAUCUUCAUGGAAGGCUGUCUUCAAGAUUGUAUGUUAACACAGAAAGUUGCCUUACAAUUAAUGGUUAAAUUACUCAACCUUUGUAUGGAUUUUGCUUCAUUUAUGCAUACUAAUCAUCAACUAUCAGCUCAAUUUGAACUUGAAGGUGCUAGUGAGCAAAUCCGGAAAGCAUAUGAAUUCAAAGCAAUCAAAGAGGAUGAGGAACCAAGUGAAGUUUUACCAAGUUUCGAGCAGCGGAUUAACCAAUUGCACGCUGAAUUUAAUGACAAUAUACAACAAUUUCUUAAUGAAAUUAUAAGUCAACAAAAAGAUCAUUAUACUGGGAAAAUGCUUCAAAUCCUCUCAAGACUUGAUUUUAAUGAAUAUUAUGGAAAACUGGCCAAUGGAAACUCUUGUCCACAACAAGAUUCUUGUCCAGACCAAUAGCAUUUACUGUAGUUAAUUUAAUUAACCAUCUACUUUAAUUAUAACCACUUAUAAGAUUAAAUCACAUUGUAAAUAA